GUGGAAUAGGAUAAAUAUAGUGGUUAUAUGACAUACCAUUUUUGGAUCAUGAUUCCAAUAAUGGUGGCACAAGAAAAAGAUUGUGUCAGUAGUUGUAAAUACAAUUGGAAAGGAAACAACCUAGAAGGGGCAACAAAAAUCCAUAACUAUUUAAAAAAUAUUAUAGAGAGAUAUAAUAAAAAAACUAGAUUGAAGGCCAGGUAUUUAUAUCCAAGAAAACCUGUGUUUUGGUAUCAGAAAAGAAAACCAUAACAUUUGAAGAAAAGAGUGUUUGCAGAAUUGAGGGGUAUCAAUGGAAAUAGAAAAAGUUGAUAAUAAUACUCAACAAUCCAAGAAACAAGUUAGGAGGAGGCUUCAAACCAACAAACCCUAUAAAGAUAGGCUUUUGAAUAUGGCUGAAGCUAGAAGAGAGAUUGCUACUGCUCUUAAGUUCCAUAGAGCUUCUAUGAAGCAACAAGAGGGUAAUUAUGUCCUUCAACAACACCCACCACCUGAAUCAAAUUCUAGGUUGUUUCCGGCCACCACCACUGCCGCCAACAGUUAUUUAUGGUCUUAUUCAGGCUUACCUUUUCCUCCACCAAUUCCUCCACCACUGCAUCAAGAAAACCUAAAUUUUGUACUCCCUACACAAACCUUGGGAUUGAAUCUCAAUUUUCAAGAUUUUAGUAACUUGAAGACACCAAUGGCGGUUUACUCUUCAUCAUCUGCUUCCUCCUCUCCGUCCACCUCCUCAACUGCCGCCAAGGAAGUGGCGGCGGUUAGCUCUUGUGGUGGAGUCUUGGUGAACAGGAGCCCAGCUUAUGAUGAUGAUGGUGAUGAUGAUAAUGAUGAUGAGUAUCAUCCUUUUGACCAAGUCAUGGAAUUCCCACCAUGGUUGAUUAAUGCAAAUGAGAGCUCCUGUUUGCAACAAUUUUAUGAUCACCAAUUUUCUGAUCAAUACUCUCCAGAUCCUGCUUUGCCUUGCAUGGACAUAGGUGAAAUUGAAGGGAUGGAUGGGGAGUGGUUAGCCUGAAAAGAGAUUUGAUUGUUUUUUGGUUAAUCAAUCUAAUAUCAUAUGGCUAUUACUUAUUGGAUGUUUCUGAUUUUAUUUUUUGUGUGUAUGUCUGUGGUAUGAACAUUUUUGGUCUUUCUAGAUUCGAAUCUUUGUGUCUUCGAACACAAGUGUGUUAGACUUCAGAUAAGAUGUAAUUUUUUUUUCUAUGUACUAAAGUUGCUAUUGAACAUAGAUGUAUUAUGUAUAAUAUAUAUGUGAG